CAAUCAUAUUGAGUAUAUUACUUUCAAAAUUUUUCUACUCACUAUGGCGCAUUUCGCUUUAACUUUUAUUUUUAUUAUUAAUAUAAUAUUCAAUGGUAUAUUCGCAGAAAAUUUGGAAAAAAUCAUCGGUGGUACCAAUGCUUCUCCCGGUCAAUUUCCUUAUCAAGUAUCACUUAGAAAAUCCGGGCGCCAUUUUUGUGGUGGUACUUUGAUUACCGAAAGACACGUUGUCACUGCUGCUCACUGCAUUCAUGGUAUUGUAUCUGCGCCAUAUAAUGAUUUCACUAUUGUGACUGGUACAAUCAGCAAUAUAAAUGGAGGUCAAAGUUAUCGUAUUGCUAAAACUACUAUCAAUCCCGACUUCAAACCUAGCUCUUCUGAAUCUUACAGAAAUGAUAUUGCUGUAGUUACGCUUACUGAUACAGUCAAAUUAAAUACAUACCAAAAACCAAUUUCUCCAGCUUCUUCCGAUCCACCAGUUGGUGCAACAUUAAUAAUGUCUGGUUGGGGACGUACCAGUACAAAUGGAAAUCUUCCUGAAAUUCUUCAAACAACAAAUGUUUAUCUUAUGAGCAAUGAAGAAUGUCAGAAACGUAUUCCAAAUUACCAUAUCUACAAUGGACAAUUGUGUACUUUUAAAAGAAAAGGUGUUGGUAUCUGCAUGGGUGACAGUGGAGGUCCUCUUGUCUAUAAUGGUCAACUUAUAGGUAUCGCUUCCUGGGUCAUUCCAUGUGCUCAAGGAUAUCCUGAUGCUUAUACUCGUGUUACUCAAUAUAGAAGCUUUAUCAACCAAGUUGUAUUUAACAUAUAAAUUAAAUUAAAUAAUAAUUAGUGUAAAAAUUUAGUUUUUUGUUAUAUAAAUAAAGGAAUUUAUAUUAUUAUAUA